AUGAGAAGAUGUGGUCCAACACCAGCUUUGGCUACCUUCGUCGCUUACGCUCCAACAUUAAGCUACGAAGAAGAAGUCGAAGCCUUUUAUAUGGACCUGGAGAAGUUCCACCGAGAAGAUCAUGCCUUCUACAGGGGCAUAAUUGGCGAUUUCAACGCCAAAGUUGGCCCAAGAAGAACGCCUGAGGAACGGCACAUCGGGGCCCCCUAG